AUGAAUGCCGAGCCAACUAAGAAAUGGGCAAAUUUGUUUAACUCGAAUCGGAUGUCUGCAAAAAGAAUGAGCCUAAGCUAUGUGAAUCCAGUCAUGAAGAAUGGAGAGAAGGUCAUAGAGCUGAAGAAAGAGGAAAUCGAUAAAGCAAUAGAGGAGUGGAAGCAUGCCCUAAUACUAUAUGUGGUUGGGGAUUCACCAACUAUUGCUGCUGUGGAGAGAUACAUUGCACUGCAAGUGAACACUGUGAGUAAACCCAAAGUUUAUUGUCAUAAUGAUGGUUACUUCUUAGUUCAAUUUGUGAAUAUGGUUGAUAGGAAUGAAGUACUAUACUUAGGCCCUCAUUUGCUGAAUAAUAGACCUAUCAUUGUGAAGGUUUGGAAUCCUAAGUUUGAUUUUAACAAGGAGGUUUUACAGACUGUACCGAUUUGGGUGAAAUACCCAAACCUGCCCCUCAAUUGCUGGAGUAUGGACUCCUUGAGCAGGAUACGUAGUGGGUUAGGUGAACCGCUACAUGCUGAUAAAUGUACUAUGAAGGUAGAUCGUAUAGCAUAUGCUCAAGUACUUAUUGAAAUGGAUGUAGCUAGAGAGUUGCCUAAAAAAUUGAAGGUUGAAGAUCCAAAUGGUAGGAUGUUUGAACAAGUAGUGCAGUAUGAAUGGGUGCCAGAAUAUUGUGUUGAAUGUAUGCAGGGAAGUACAAGUCAAGAAAGUGGUAUAAUUGUGCACUCACACAAGGAGAUUAAAAAUGAGGCCACUAUAUUCUAUAAAGCACUACUAGGACAGACAACUUCUAAUUUACCAAGUGUGGAUAUAAACAUAAUGAAAAAGAGAGGAACACUGAACAGAGAGCAACAACUUCAACUAGCUGGCCCAGUAACAAGAGAGAAGGUGAAAUUAGCUUUACAGGGGAUAAGUGAUCUUAAAGCUCCAGGGAAGGAUGGGUUAAAUGCAAUGUUCUUUAAGAAAGCUUCGUAA